AUGAAGAUUCUGCACACUUUAUUCCUGCUUCUGUGCUCCGACUUCAUGGAUUCACUGAUGGGGUAUUUGACAGUCAGUAUCGAGCCUCUUCCGCCUGUGGUCAUGGGAGAUACAGUGACUUUGAAGUGCAAUUUCAGGACCGAUGGCAACCUCAGAGAAAUCGUAUGGUUUCGGGUUACAGAAGGUGGUAGCUCGAAACAGAAAAUCUUUACCUACGAUGCCAUGUACAAUACCAAUUUCUCUCACAUGGAGGACUUUCGCAGAAGAGAAGAUCUUGUUUACCAAUCGACUGUUAGGUUGCCUGAAGUACAGAUGGAAGACAACGGGCCGUAUGAAUGCCACGUGGGAAUCUAUGACAGGGCAUCCAGGGAGAAGGUGGUCUUAGCAUCUGGAAGCAUAACACUUGCUGUUAUGUCACCUCCGAAAUCCAUCUCUGUAAUUGCAGCUGACCAACCAACACGAUUCAAUCGCUAUGAGGCUCAAAACUUCACACUCCUAUGUAUUGUGACUGGAGGAAAACCUGCUCCUGUGGUGCACUUUAAGAGAGAUGGUGAGCUGAUUGAGGUGCUUCCCUCAGCCCAGCCAUCUGAGGCAGCUCAGAACAGAGGUUUGCACUCGGCCAAACGCAGCAGGCCAUUGAUUAGCCGAGAGCUCGAUGACACCAAGCGCCAGAAGUCCCUUUCUCACUUGGAGCCAGACAUUGAGCCAAUGAGGUUAGACCGUGCUCGUCCUCGCCACAGCCUCACUCCAGGUGCUCUGGGACAGGAGAGUGCCAGUCCCACUACUGAGGUCAUCCCAGAGACGGUGGUGAGCAGGGAGUUUCCACUCUGGGUUCUCAGCUCCAGCCCACUCUACUACUUCAACCACACACAGACUGAGCUCACUGAUGGCACCAUGCAGGUACAGGCAAUGCUCACCUGGCAUUUGAACCCACAGCUCGACAACGAGGCACUGUUUAGCUGCGAGGUCAAACACCCAGCUCUCUCCAUGCCCAUGCAGGCCGAGGUCACGCUCUCUGCUCCAAAGGGACCAAAACUGUCCAUGACUCCAAGCAGAGCAGAAGUGGGAGACACUGUGCGCAUCACCGUGGAGGGAUUCCAAUUAGGAACAAAGGGGAAUGAGAUAUUUCCAGAGCCCCUGUUCACAUGGACGCGUGUUGGUGGGCUAUUUCUGGAUGGCACUGCUGAGAGGGAAGGCAAGGUUCUGGUUCUCGAGAGAGUACCUGCAGAGCUCAACGGCUCCAUGUACCGCUGCACUGCUGAGAAUCCGCUUGGCACUACCAACACACACACACGCCUCAUAGUGUUUGAGAAUCCAAGAAUAAAGAAGGAAACACUACACUUAAAUGUUGCUGACUCGAGUGGACUUGUAUCUGGACCCACACUCACCAUUGUAGUGCUCUCACUGAUGCUGGAAUUUACAUGAACAAACACAGACGAGCCUCGCAUCUUUCCUCUCCUUGACGACAUCUGUUCACCUGAAAAGACUUAACAUAGAGACUAUCUGAGCCAUGAUUCUGCUCUUGAAUGAAAAAAACUGUGCAUGUGAGCUACAAUGUAUGAAAGUGCAAAAUACCACACACUUGCCAUCUACACCAUUAUCCAGUGGAUUUGACAUCAGGGUCACCUGCAAGAUCUGACCUGUAGAUGGCAGUAGAGAC